UGAGCUUAUUGUUAUUAGGAAAAAGUGUUUAAUUGUAAUUAGUUGGUGAUUUUAUUUGGUGUUUCAACACAAAUUGACAUCAUGGCAAUCGUCCAAACAAAUUUAGCUAUGACUUGGAGGUUUGUGAUCCUGGUAUAGUUGUGAAGGCUAUACAAUUUGUACGCAUUCGUCAAUUGCAAUGUUUGUGUUUAUACUGCAGAUGAUAAUGAUGAAAACAUCGCACCUUGUCAUGUUAUAAUGGUAAUCAAGUGUGCGUAAAUACUCCAUAUGCUAUCAGUUUUGACUGCUAUUAGUUCAGUCAAUUUUUUGUUCUAUCUAAAGAAACAAAAUUCUUUGUCUUUGGUAACCCUGUACAAUCCAGUAUUUACACUCCUAAACUCUUUUUUUUGCUGUUUUUGCUUCUCAACUUUAAUGUACUCUGGUAAUACUUUCUUCAUUUCACUUCUUUCUUCUGAUGAUCUGCUUAUGUUUCCCUAUCAUCAAAUGAUAAUCCUACUUGUUUCACUUCCUUUGAUUACAACAUCGAAAUCUGUUCAGUCUUGGAAUGGCCUAAAUAAAUGAUAUAAAUCAUCAAACCAUAUUUACAACUUAUAAAUUACAUUUUUACUAUGUUCAACUCGAGUUGUUAUUUGAUUGAAACCAUGGAUCAAAUUUAUCCCAUUGUUCACAUUCAAUAAAUGCCGUCCUUUUCAACAUUGGAUUUUACUCAACUUUGCUUCCUCUCAUCCAUGUAAUUAAGUUAUACCGAAGAUUAUUUAUUCUCUACAAGUUAUUUAUCCGUCCAUCAUUUGUUUCAAAAAAACCUUAUAUAAAAGUUGUUUUCGUUUUCCAUUAUGGCCAACUAUGGAUACCUUUCUUCAUCUCCAGCACAUUAUGCAGAUCACAAUCAAAUACAACGAUCAGCUUAUGAAUCAAAUUGUUGUGGCUUAUCUACAUCUUUCAUAGCUUUCAUUCUCAGUGUCUUCAACUUCAUCCUUUUUUUCAGUGGCUUGAUAAUUCUUGCUAUUGUAAUCCUUUAUGAACACCCUCCAUUUGAAGGUGAACAAGAUCUUCAUUUACCAGUCAUCAGGUCUCUUCUCUCCAAAAGUCAUCCAUUGAAUCUCAUCCAUUACAAGUUAAUUCUUUGUGGUUUUCUUGUUUGCCUCAUAGCAAUCGUCAACAUUUUUCUCAACUGUUAUUACUCAAUUAAACGACGUGAGCAAGACGUUGAAAGUGUCGGAAUCAACAAUGAUUUGGAUGAAAUUGCAUUAACCUCACACCAUGAUUCAACAACAAGGACUCCGGUGACAUCCAGGAAAACUGAUACAUUCCCGUCAUUUGCAUUAUGUUCUUUCAUCUUUGCUCUGUUAUUACUUUUUACCAUUCAACUUUGCAUUAGCAUUUUUGCUCUUUUCUCUGUUUAUGGAACUGGAAACGGCGAAGAAGGCUACACCCAAGAAUUUAAUCGAUCAAUUACAGAAAACCUUGGAGACGCCAGUAAAGUCGUUCGAGACCAUCCUGAUGUUUUCAGAAUCCUUGAGAAAGAGUUUAAAUGCUGUGGUUUGGUAAGCUUUGAAGAUUACGAUAAAGAUAACCCUGUACCCGAUUCGUGUUGUAAAACAGCCAUUUCCGAUUAUCAAUGCGGUAAAAGGCGUCAUCCAUCAAACAUCUAUUUUCAGGGAUGUAUUUCCAAGAUAUCUAAGGUAGCAUCAGAUCACACGCUUUUACUGGGCUCAGUUGCUUUCGGAUUUUCAUUGAUUCAAAUUUUUGGACUUGUCUUUUCCUGUUGCCUGUAUGUACAAUUAGUUGCAAGUAAAACGAGUUGAUGAUUCUGCAAUUGUUUCAAGUUAUCGCUUAAUGAUGAUCAUCUGAUGCUCAAUAAUCUUGGACUCAAAACCCAUAUUUUUCUCGACUCCACCAUAAAUCUUCAUAUUCACUUUCUGCCUAUUCAUACCUCAUACUUCGUAAAGUAGAUAUCAAUGUUAAUUAUUCAUUGAGUUGCCAAUCUUGACGAAGUUAAAUUAAUCAAUUUAAAAGACUUGGCAUGGUAAAACCCAAGAACACAAAAAUAUAAAUCAUGUUAAUGUAUCUAAUGUAUCAUAAUUUUGUCGCUGUAUUAUUGUAAAAGUCCAAAUAAUGGAUUGGUCUGAUCAACUUCAACUUUUAGCAGAUUUGCAGCUUAAAGAUGAUAAAUUUGCGCUUUCUAAAACUGUAACUUGUAAGCUUAUCUUGCCUUAGUUGCAUAUUAAUUGUAUAAAAUAAAAAACUUGAAAUUUGAUUAAAGCCAAAACAUAUUUUCUUGCA